UCUCCACUCAAUCAAAUAAUACAGUAAAUUACUACAAAGUGGUGAUGGCUAAUCAUUACGAGGUGCCUAAUUGGGCAGGCAAACCACCAGUUGGAUUACAUUUAGAUGUAUUGAAAAAUGACAAAUUGAUCCAGAAAUUAAUGGUUGAUGAGAAAAAGUGCUAUUUGUUUGGCCGUAACCAACAGUUAAAUGAUUUUUGUAUAGAUCAUGCAUCCUGUUCUCGUGUCCAUGCAGCUCUUGUGUAUCAUAAACAUCUGAAUCGUGUGUUUCUUGUCGAUUUGGGUAGCACACAUGGAACUUUUAUUGGUAAUCUAAGAUUAGAAGCACACAAACCCACACAAUUACCAAUUGACAGUACAUUUCAUUUUGGAGCUUCCACCCGAUAUUAUAUUAUCAGAGAAAGGCCUCAAACAGGCACAAGACCUAUCAUAGAGGAAUUAGAAAAGUUGUCGGACGACAUAGACGCCGGUGGCUUACUGGGUUUACCUGAAACAGAAACAGAACUCGAUAAUUUGACAGAAUUUAACACUGCACAUAAUAGACGCAUAUCAAUGUUGGGUAUAACAGACGACGACAUUCAUAAACCGACAAGAAAACGGAAAAAAAAGGGAAUUACUUUUAACGACGACGAAGAAGUAAUAAAUCCCGAAGACGUUGACCCGUCCGUCGGAAGAUUUCGAAAUCUUGUCCAAACAACCGUCGUGCCCAGUAAAAGAAUGCGUAUGGAAGGAGGAUUAAUCUCUUUAUCGGAAGAUCACAAUCCAUUAAAGCAUCUUCAACCUACGUCGACUGCGCCCCAGCUUUAUCACGACUUGCCACCGGAACAGUUCACUCCUUCGUCGUUAUGCCUUAAUCCAUUUUCAAGUGCUUUGUCAUCGUUAACGUCUCGACUUGGUAUUACCUUACCAAAUCCGGCGCCCGAGGUAGAGAUGACGCCAAAUCAAAUACAAACAGAAACACCGCACGUACCGGAAAUAUCGGGACCUACCGAAACACGAACUAUGGAACCAAAAAAGAAAAAGUAUGCCAAAGAGGCAUGGCCAGGGAAAAAGCCCAUACCAACGCUUCUGGUGUAA